UAUGGUAUCUGUCUCACUGUGCUGCACAAGGCCUACGCUCGCUGCUGCCUUCAUUGUGCCUGGGGCCAAGACUUGAGGAUGCUUACAGCUUGGAUUAACUUGCUUGAAUAACUUAAAAAAAAACCUCUUUAUUUUUUUACAAGACAACACUGAAAAUAAUAUAUAUUUUGGACCAUGGAGCUGCUAGCCCUCUGGUUGUUCUUGCUCCCAUGUUUCAGUCUUGUGCCUAUAGCCAGCUCUGAGAAGGGUUUGGAGCUGCCACAGUACGAUGGGGAAGAUCGCGUUAUUGAUAUCAAUGACAAAAACUACAAGAAAGCCAUGAAGAAGUACAGCAUGCUUUGUCUGUUUUACCAUAAGCCUAUCCCGGACAACAAGGAGAAGCAGAAGCAGCAUCAGAUGACUGAGUUGGUGCUGGAGCUCCUAGCACAAGUGAUGGAGGACAAAGGUAUUGGAUUUGGGAUGGUGGACUCUCAAAAAGAUGCAAAAGUGGCUAAAAGGCUGGGUCUGGAGGAGGAGGGCAGCGUUUAUGUCUUUAAAGAGGACCAUGUGAUUGAGUUUGAUGGCUUACUAUCUGCAAAUACUCUGGCAGAGUUUUUAUUGGAUCUGUUGGAAGAUCCUGUUGAAGUCAUAGACAAUGCACUGGAGCUUCGGGCCUUCGACAGGAUGGAAGAGGACAUCCGUCUCAUCGGUUACUUUAAAAAUGAGGAAUCAGAACACUACGAAGCAUUUAAAGAGGCAGCAGAAGAGUUCCAGCCAUACAUCAAGUUCUUUGCUACGUUUGAAAAAUCUGUGGCCAAAGAACUGACCUUGAGGCUGAAUGAGGUGGACUUCUACGAGCCGUUCAUGGAGGAGCCCGUCACCAUCCCAGGCAAACCCCACACAGAGGAGGAGCUGGUGGAGUUCAUCACAGAGCACAGGCGGCCGACUCUGAGGAAGUUACGCACAGAAGACAUGUUUGAAACGUGGGAGGAUGACAUUGAUGGCAUCCACAUUGUUGCCUUUGCAGAGGAGGAAGAUCCAGAUGGUUUUGAGUUCCUGGAGAUCCUAAAGGAAGUGGCCCGAGACAACACUCACUUGCCUGGCCUCAGCAUUGUGUGGAUUGAUCCAGAUGACUUCCCCCUGCUGAUCCCCUACUGGGAGAAAACCUUCAAGGUGGACCUGUUCAGACCACAGAUCGGAGUUGUCAAUGUCACAGAUGCUGACAGUGUCUGGAUGAGCAUUGACAGUGAUGAGGACCUGCCCACAGCCCAGGAGCUGGAGGACUGGAUUGAGGAUGUCCUGUCUGGGAAAGUGAACACAGAGGAUGAUGACGACGAUGAAGAUGACGACGAUGAAGAUGAUGACGAUGAUGAUGAUGAUGACGACGAUGAUGACGACGAUGAAGAUGAUGAUGAAGAUGAUGAUGAAGAUGAUGAUUAGGCUUAUACCUGUUUACUCAACAGACUGGUCUAAACAUGAACUGAAGCUGCAAAGUGAGACAUUUACACAAAUUUAAACAAGUUUAAACAUUGUUAA